GCUGGGUGUUGGAGGAGGAAAGGUAUCAAGUACUCCCCUAGGAAGGGCAUCUGCCAAAAGAAGUAAAAACCUUUCAUUCUUCCCAUGAGCCAGGUGAAGGAGGCAGAACUAGCCAGGACACCAUGAGUUUUGGCUGAAGGUCUGAUGUCACAGAUGUCACACACCCACUUUUUGCAGAGGGCCUCCCCGCAAGGCAGGUUCAGCCCAGAACUUUCCCAGGACCAGGUGUCCCCCAUAUGAAGACGAAGACAAGGAGCCAGGUUCUGAGUGAUGCCCCAGAGCUGAGUGCCCAUGGCCCCAACUUUCCCCAUGGAGAAAGGACUCACUUUGCCCCAGGACUUCCGGGACUUUCUGCACAGUCUGAGGAUGAGAAGCAAAUAUGCCCUUUUCCUCGCUUUUGUAGUGAUAGUUUUUGUCUUCAUUGAAAAGGAAAAUAAAAUCAUUUCCAGGGUCUCGGACAAGCUGAAGCAGAUCCCUCAGUCCCUAGUAGAUGCCAAUAGCACUGACCCAGCCCUGGUCUUGACUGAGAAUGCAUCUCUCUUGUCCCUGAGUGAGCUCAGUCCAGCCUUCACCCAGCUGCAGAACCGCCUGCGAAACCUCAGUCUACAGCUGGGCGUGGAGCCAGCAGAGGAAGUCAAAGGGCAGGGGAAGGAGGAGGGAGAGCCGCCUGCACCCUCCCAGGCCCGGCCUCGGCGCCAUGUGCUUCUCAUGGCCACUACCCGCACCGGCUCCUCAUUCGUGGGGGAGUUCUUCAACCAGCAGGGCAACAUCUUCUACCUCUUUGAGCCACUGUGGCACAUCGAGCGCACGGUGUCCUUCGAGCCCGGAGGCGCCAAUGCAGCUGGCUCGGCCCUGGUCUACCGCGACGUGCUGAAGCAGCUCUUCCUGUGUGACCUGUACGUCCUGGAGCAUUUCAUCAGCCCCCUGCCCGAGGACCACCUGACCCAGUUCAUGUUCCGCCGGGGCUCCAGCCGCUCCCUCUGUGAGGACCCAGUCUGCACUCCCUUUGUCAAGAAGGUCUUCGAGAAGUACCACUGCAAGAACCGCCGCUGCGGCCCCCUCAAUGUGACCCUGGCCGCUGAGGCCUGCCGCCGCAAGGAGCACAUGGCCCUCAAGGCCGUCCGCAUCCGGCAGCUGGAGUUCCUGCAGCCUCUGGCCGAGGACCCUCGGCUAGACCUGCGUGUCAUCCAGCUGGUGCGAGACCCCCGGGCCGUGCUGGCCUCCCGCAUGGUGGCCUUUGCAGGCAAGUACGAGACCUGGAAGAAGUGGCUGGCAGAGGGACAGAACCAGCUGAGAGAAGAGGAGGUGCAGCGCCUGAGGGGCAACUGUGAGAGCAUCCGUCUGUCUGCAGAGCUGGGCCUGAGACAGCCGGACUGGCUGCGGGGCCGCUACAUGCUGGUGCGCUAUGAGGAUGUGGCCCGCAGGCCCCUGCAGAAGGCCCGGGAGAUGUAUCACUUUGCAGGCAUCCCCCUGACCCCGCAGGUGGAAGACUGGAUCCAGAAGAACACCCAGGCAACCCAGGACAGCAGCGGCAUCUAUUCCACACAGAAGAACUCCUCAGAGCAGUUUGAGAAGUGGCGCUUCAGCAUGCCCUUCAAGCUGGCACAGGUGGUGCAGGCCGCCUGCGGCCCUGCCAUGCGCCUCUUUGGCUAUAAAUUGGCACACGAUGCCGCCUCCCUCACCAACCGUUCUGUCAGCCUGCUGGAGGAGCGAGGCACCUUCUGGGUCACGUAAGGGGCCUGGGGCCACAUGCAUCCCUCCUCGUAUAAGUCCCGCCCUGCCUUCCUUACACCCAGGCGUGCGGUGAACCAGUGGCGCUUGCAGAGGGCAGGCGGCGAGCCAUGCAGUAAGCGGCAGCCCCUCUGCUAUAGAAAUAGGCCCCUAGCCAGCUCGCUUUCCCAGCUGUGGGUCUGGAGGUAUUUUUUUGCUGAGAAUAGGACAGUGCUUGUUCCUUUGAGGACUAUCAAACCCAGGCCUAAAGGGCUUCAACUGCCUGAGCAGCCCCAGGAAGACCCAGGCCUUCCAGCUGAUAAAGCCUGCCCCUUUCUGUCUCUCUCUUUCUCUCACUCUCUCUCUCUCAUACACACACACACACACACACACACACACAUAUUCAGAAAAAUAAACAUGAAACACGUAGGCCCUGUCGGCCAGAAUACAAAUAUUUUUCAAUCAGAAGGGGUCGUGGGCACUGGCCAGCCACAGUCGACCUCCCGCUGUGCUCAGUAUUAACCUUGCAGUUUCUGAAUUUCUUUGCAAUCCUGACUGGAAUCUGGAUGGUCCCUGGGAAGUGGCUGGGACCACCCAAGGCAGCAGAAGAUACCAGCUGAGGCUUAUCAGGAGGCAGCAGCUGUUUACCAGCCAAAAAUGACUAGAUAUUUUGAUUAAUGGGAUAGCUGAUUACUGACGAAAUCAACCCUGUGUAGAGCUACGACGUAUGCACAUAAAUACCUCCACACCCCAACAUGGAGAGACAGAACAACAUAAAAACAGAUACGUACACAUGCACAUAUACACUUAAACUUCUUGUUGCUUUCUGCCCACAGGGUUUAUCUCUAUCACACUUCUGAAGAGGAGCCUUUAAUUACAUUUUUAGAGUUAUUUGGAGGUAGAGGAAGGAAACAUGGUCAUGACCAUGACCUCAUUCCCUGACCAGGUUUGGGACUGAAAGUGGGUACAGAACUGCCACGUUUGUGGCUCCUGCCACCUGGAUUCUCAUGGCUACCUCCUGAGGCCCAUCCACAGCCUCGAUAGGUACCAGCAGGCAGUAUGCAUUGAAAGGGCAUGGCUCCCUCUAAAAUCAUGUCCAUAUUUGAAGGCUACCUCAGGCCUGACUGGCAAAGCAGCUGUGGUCCCUGGAGGCAAAGGGCAGCUCCCAGGUCCUGCUGUUUUCAGCCAGGCCUCAAACUGGGGCCGCAACCAGAAGAAAGUACAGAGUGCUCUUGGGGAAGAAGUCACAUCAGGAUACCCCAUCCCUUGAGAAAUUGGGGGAUAGAGGUCAGCCUUGUUAAAGGUUGCCAUAGUUACGUGGUCAGUGUCUGGAAUUCCUCCUUUAGGGCUCUUCAAAGAAUGUUGCUUAUCCUGAGAUGGGCUGGGUGUUUUACUUGUUUUUUUAUUUUAAGUUAUUUAUGGUUUGGUGUCUUGUUUUAUGGCUGUGUUUUUGGUUUUGUUUCUGCAGUUGUGCCACUUCCAAGCAGUCAGGCCUGAAGGGCUGGCGGUGGGGAGCCGGGUCAAGGCAGGGGAAAAGCUGGGAGAAUCAACAAGGAGGAUUCUGGCUCCUUGGAGUGGGAGGAGGAAGAGACUUCCCCUGGAAGGAUCAGAGUCUAGGUGGCCCUCAGUGCCCCACAGGCUUUCCUGUUUGAACCCCAUGUGGAACAAAUCUCAGAAACCACCAGUGUUCUUUGCUGAGCAUUCAGAAGUGGCAUAAAUUAGCAGCCCUCACCUCCUCUCUGAGAAGAGGCCAGAUUUUAGAAUCUCUCCCAGGCCCUAGCACAUUUCUGGAGUGUCAAGGGCCUAUGACUAAGCGAAAAAAAUAGGAGCAAAACUCCCUAAAGAGGAAGCCUCUCCCCACUCCUACUCCAAACCCAGGAGCAGAACUCAGCACCACCUCAGAACUGGCAGGGAGCUGCAACAGUUCACUGAAGGCUGUUUCUGAUUUCCUGAACAACCUCUAUGUCAGAUCUGUCCCGUUGUCAAACCCAGAGGGCUGAGUUUUAGUUUGAGGAUAAUGAACACCAGGGAAUUACAAGCCCCGGGUCCAGCUGAUACUGCUGUGGGUUAGAGAUGAGUAUGUCCUGGUCAGAAGCAGCUGUCUGUAAGGUGAGAACAGCAGCCAUCUAUGGAACCUGUUAUGAUCAGUUUAUUUCAGCUUCUGGGUCUCCAUGGACUUCAGCCAUUCACUGCUUGAGGUUUUUCAGUCCAAGAAUAGGUUGUGCAGGGAGCUGGCUCUAAUGUGGGGUUCAAAGGGACUCCAGUUCUGAAAACUUGACCCAGGGGCAGAGUAUGGGGCCAGGAUGUUUCUGGCAGGUCCAGAAAUGCUGCCUCCCUUCUUCUCCACCUGGUGCAGGGGCAAGGGGUAGGGGCAGGCACCUCCAUCCAAGGCUCUUCCCUGGGCCUUCCUAGCAUAGACAACAGAGUUCUUCCUUCCAGUGCCGCUGAGGCCAAAGCCUCCAUUCCUCAGCACUGAGGACAAUACAGAGAAUGGACCUUUGGGACUUCUCAGGACAUUGACAUUUUGUACACUGCAAUUUGACUUAUUUAUUUUGUGAAAAAGAAGAGACAGAAAAUACCUUAUUGUUUGCAGGGACUCAAUGCUGUACCCAAAUCAAAAAAGGCAAAAGAACAAUAGAAUCCAUUCAUUCACUCCAUGCACACAAGGACACUCAAAGCCAAUUCACAAUACUAGAGGGGACUAGACCUCGCGCUCAGAAGUUUAAGGAUAUUGUUUAAGAAGAUUCCUUGAUUUCUCUUGUUGAUUUGAAGAUGUGAUAGCAAGGCCCUUUCUGCUGCAUGACCUUUGCCCAUGUGCCUAAAAUGACACAACUCAAGCCCAUGUUGCCUUGGAGCUCAACAGUGCUCUCAGAAUUCUUGAGGUUUUGGAAGGUCAUCACUGACUACACUCCUUAGACCUGGCUGGAGUCCUGCAUUUGGGGUGUUCAGCAUGGAACUGGACUGGAAGAGGUGGUCCAGCUGGGGGCUGGUGCCUCCUUUUCCUGCAAAACCAGCCCCGGUUCCUCUGCUCCUGCUAGUGCUCAGCAACCUCCCCCUCCGCAGUGCCCACCUGCCUGGAAACAGGCAGAGCAGUUGAGGUCUCACCUCUGCUGGCCGCCAGCUUCCCUGAACAAGAGGCCCUUUCAGAAAUGAGUACUUACUCAUUUUCUUUUUCUUGAUGAAGACAUCUUUAGCCCAGCCUUUAUAAAUAGUUCAGAAUAUUCCAGGCCUUGGUGAGACAGGGCAGUGUCUAACACCCACAGGCUGUCACCACCACUGCCCAUCCCAGCCAUCUUUGGACCUUGUUUGUAAACCUUGGAGUGGACAAGGGUGGUGGAGACGGAUGUGAGGUCUUUGGGAGCAGUGAAUGGGGGUGGGGGGCAGUAUUCCUAAAUCUCCACACAGGAAAAAAAAACACAGCAAAUAUGCAGCUCCGUUGCACACCCCCUGCAAGAUAACCCCCAAGUGUAACUGGGCAGGUCUAGCCCUUGUUCCCUUUAUGUAAUGCACACAUUAUAUAUGCAUAUAUAUAUAUGUGCAUAUAUAUAUGCACAUAUAUAUAUAUAUAUAUAUAGCUAAAUUAACAGGGAAAAAUGUCCUCCCUGAGCCAGCACCCCCAGCCUGGACUGGUGUCAUGGGGCAACUGCUGGCUGAACCCCCAUAGCAGAGGGCACUUAUCCAACCUAUUAUAGUGGCAACUUUGCCUCCCUCCUCUGCCACCCAUCUGUGAUGGAACGAGCUCUAGCAGGAGGUCAGGGAAUCUGUCCCCGAAGAUGAACACUUGGCCUGGAAGCAGACAGGAGAUGUAGCGCCAGAUGGUCUGCUCUAGACCCUGAAGUCUCCUUUCACACUAGGGCCUGUUUUAUUUGACUACAGGGCCUGAUCUUGAUAGGCUCUGGAUUAUGAAGGACAGGAGCAGAGGAAUAGCUGUGUGCUAAAGGCAGUCCCCUUCCACUGCCAUCCCUAAAGACUGAAAACUAAGGCAGGCCUCAGGUGGAUAGGUCCCGAAAGCAGGGAGAGAAUGGGGUGGAGUGGGGAAACUGAAGCCUGCAGAAACCCAGGGGCUUGACAAUCUGUAAAAACUUAAAGAGGGAGCAUCUGAUAUCUAGGGGUCCCCAGUUGGUGGGUCUGCUUGUGAAGAUUGCUAGGAUGGGGUCCAGCUAGCCUCUCAACUGCCCGCAGUUUCAAAACUAGUGGAGGCUGCUCAUUACCUCAAAAGGAGGAAGCAGAAUUAACACCAUCAAAUGUCUUAAGAGCUGUCAGAUCUUGCGUCCUUUGUCAUCCCCUGGCUGCAUGGGAGAUGAAUUUGCUCUGUGCUUCUGAGGAUAUAGACAUGGUGCCAUUCAGGUGGGCCUCACUCACGCUGUAGACCAGCUACUUUACUUGGGUGAUAAAAUGACCCGUGUAUCCUGCUUCCUCCCACGGUGGACUUGAACUGUCACUCCUUUUCCAUCUCUAUGUUCCAGGUCAAGUUUGCUUGGGCCCCCUCCUCCAACCUGGAUCCAGCAAACUGUCUUUUUGCCAAGACCUUGGCUCUGUGUCAGGUUUCAUAACCACAUGGUACAGGACUCUCAAAGACCAUAUGUGGCCUUGGUGUGUACAUAUGUGUCCAUACCUGUUUGUGAGGCAUUCUGCUCCCAUUCUGCUCAGCCACAUUGCUCCUAACCCCCUUGUUGUCGAUGUCCAGAUGUCCACACCAUGGCCACAGUCUGCCAUCUCUCGGAAAUCCAGGCACUGCCCUUCAGAGAGCUGGCGGUCACUGCCGGUCGGGGUCUGCUUUGUGGAACAGAAUGUGAACCCAUCACCUGAUGGCUUACUUGACUUAUUUAAUUAAAAGUGAAAACAUGCAAUGAGCAAAAUCCGAAGUGUGUCACUUUUCAUUUUUCCUCAGUAGCAAUUGGGUUGUAAAAACAUACAUGUCAUUUUUUAAAAAGUCAUGUCAGUAAAACUGGGGAAAGUGGAAAAAAAUUAACAGAAAAGAGAUUAGUAGGAAAAGGGUGACUUCUAGCAUAAAACAGAGCUGAGGAAACCCCAGCCCUCCUACGGGAAGUACAGAUAAGUACAAAAGUGGUGAAAUGAACAUUCCUUAUGUUCCCUGGAGGGCAGAGCUAGUGGUAACUGCUUGGAGUCAGCUGGAAGAAUGAGGGCCAAGAGAUAAAUACCCAAGCACCGUGUGGGACACGUGUGGGACAGGAGCAUCCACUAAAGGUCAGGAGAUCUGGUGACAAGGGUCAGUUUUGCCACUAUCGCCAUGUGACCUUGGACAAGUCACGUCCCUAGUUUCCUUUAGAAUGAGGGAUGUAAAUGGUGGUUUUCAACUAUUGUUCCCCCAAAGUCCCAUAGGGACUGAAAAGUCAGUGGAAAGGACAGGCAACCUCACCAAGAGCAAGUGUGGUUGAUCUGCUUUACAUGUUGAGACACCUGAAACUAUAUUGACAAACUCUCAAAAACCACAUGAAGAGAUUGCUAAGGACCCUUCAUCAAGAAUUGCCGUGGAGUCCUUUCAAAUUGCCAAGACAUUGCUCUGUCAAUCAUAACAGUUUUAGUGCAAGUUAGGGUUCAGACCUUGUGUCUCCUCCCAGCCAUCUGGAAGGAAUGGGGUUUUCCAUGGAGAAGGUUCAUCUUGGAAUAUGGGGAGACAGAGCUUUUGGAGCUUUGUGGGUUUGGGGACAUGGGGGAAGCAAUAACCGUGAAGAGGCAGGAGCUGAGCACUGGGGAAAACAAAA